UUCUAGGCAGAUGCCAUGGAAGAAAAAACACUUGACGAAAUACUGACGGAGGCCACCAAUGACAGUAUAAGUUUUGAUCUGGUCUCCAGUGGAUCCUCAGAGAAUCCUACCAUUAGAAUAGAACACGACAUAAUGAUGACAUAAGAAGAUUAUAUGCAACAAGAAAAAGAAAGAAUGGCAGAAGAAAAAAUGAGUAGGAGAAAGAAGAGGAAAGCAAUCCGAUCCCAACAAAGCAGAUGGCCAGGAAAAAUAGUUCCUUAUGAAAUCGCACCAAACACAUUUUCUCAGACAGAUCUGAAUCAGAUUAACCUGGCAAUGGGGGAUUGGAACAGAGAAACGUGUGUCGUGUUCCGACCAAGGAAUGGAGAAUCCAGUGCCGUGAGAUUUCAAAAUGGCCAAGGAUGCUCGUAUUUUGUGGGGACAAUAGGCCGUGUUCAGCCGAUCAGCUUGGCCAGGGGAUGCCGUAUAAGGAGAAUUGUGGUCCACGAAAUGGGACACGCUGUUGGAUUCCAACACGAACAGUCAAGGCCGGACAGAGACGGGUUUGUCCGGAUUCGCACUGAAAAUAUACCACAACCGGUUCUCUUCAACUUUAAUAGACGUCCCACAAGUCGAGUGAAUAAUUUUGAUGUACCUUACGAUUACAGAAGCGUGAUGCAUUACGGAGUCAGGGAUUUUUCAACUAAUGGUCAAAUUACAGUACAGACAAUUGAUUCCCGAUUUCAAAAUAUCAUUGGUAGAGCACCCGGACUCAGCUUUAAUGACAUCAAGCUUGCCAAUAUAAUGUAUAACUGUGCAGAGAACUGUCCUGCUCAGAGUUGCCCGGGAGAAGGUUUUGUCGGCAAAGACUGUUCUUGUAAAUGUCCCACUAACAACCCAAACAACCCAGUCCAGAACUGUACUGGUACCACCUUAGUGACCACAACAUCUGUGUCAUCUUCAACAAUCAGAACCACCACCCCAAUGGAAGCUCAAAAGCGAUGUGAAGACAUGGGUCAGUCAUGUGGUCUGCUGAGAGACCGAGGCUUUUGUACACUUCAGUUCGUGAGGAGUUAUAUGGAAUCUAACUGCGCCGCCACAUGUAACUUCUGUAGAGCCGGAGAGUUGCUAAGCGCAGAUGAAACCUCACAAAGUAAGAUGUAUUUUACUAGGAUUUCGAUUUUAACGAACUACGUCAAUUAA